GAAGGAUUUUCUGCAGUUUUGGGCGUUAAAAGCGCUGACACACCGACUCUUUGUGUAAAGCGAGGAGAGUAAAAGAACAUAAGCGGUGUUUAGAUAGCGAUUUACUCCAGACUGAUUGUUAGAGCUAUAACUUUAGAUACUAUCAUACAGUGCAGGUGAAAGAUGUUAAACAUAUCAACUAAGGCAACGACCGGAGGAUUCUCUUUUGAGAACACACGCAGAAAUGCUGUUCUUGAAGCAAACUUGUCACAGAAAGGUUACAGUGCGCCAAACGCCAGGAAGACUGGCACCACCAUCGCUGGCCUAAUAUUCAAAGAUGGAGUGAUUUUAGGUGCAGACACCAGAGCCACAGAUGACAUGGUUGUAGCUGAUAAAAACUGCAUGAAAAUCCAUUACAUAGCUCCCAAAAUCUAUUGUUGCGGUGCUGGUGUUGCGGCAGAUGCUGAGGUCACUACUCAGAUGAUGUCAUCAAACGUGGAACUCCACUCACUCAGCACAGGACGGCCUCCUCUUGUCACCAUGGUGACCCGACAGCUGAAACAGAUGCUGUUUAGGUAUCAGGGGCAUAUUGGUUCUUCUCUAAUUGUGGGAGGCGUGGAUGUUAAUGGCCCACAGCUCUAUAGCGUCUAUCCGCAUGGUUCCUAUGAUAAGCUGCCCUUCCUUACUAUGGGGUCUGGAGCAGCUUCUGCCAUUUCUGUAUUUGAGGAUCGUUACAAGUCGAACUUGGAGUUGGAGGAAGCAAAGCAGCUGGUGAGAGAUGCCAUCACUGCAGGCAUCUUCUGUGAUCUAGGUUCAGGCAGCAAUGUAGACCUGUGUGUGAUCACAGACAAAACUGUAGACUAUCUGAGAGGAUAUGACCAGCCGGUUCAGAAAGGAAUGAGGGAGGGUACAUACAGAUACAAGCCAGGCACUACUGCUGUGCUCACAAAAACAGUGACUCCAUUAACACUGGAUGUUGUGGAUGAAUCUGUCCAAGUGAUGGACACAGAAUGAGACAU